GUGCAGGACUGCUGCUUUGCUGAGGUGAAAUAUUGCGCUCUUUGCGUUUGGACAGUUCAUUUGUCCUUUAAUCGGUGCCCGCUGUCCGUCUGGGAGGACUACAUAAAGCCUUGGCUCUGUUCAGCGAGGCUUCAUCUCCAUCCUCAGGUCUCAAUGACAUUCAGCUCUUUGGAGGAAGAACAGCCACUUUAGCAGAGAGAAGAUGGCCAUCCAUGUGGAGGGGGUGGCGGCGAUAGUCAUCUUCUACUUGCUGAUCCUGUUCGUGGGGAUAUGGGCCGCGUGGAAGAACAAGAACUCCGGGGUGGAGGAGGGAGCGGACCGAAGCGAGACCAUCAUGGUCGGAGGGAGAGAUAUUGGACUCUUCGUGGGAGCUUUUACCAUGACCGCGACCUGGGUCGGAGGCGGCUACAUCAACGGCACGGCUGAGUAUGUGUAUCUGCCGGGGUACGGCCUGGCCUGGGCGCAGGCUCCGUUCGGAUACGCCAUGAGUCUGGUGCUGGGUGGUCUGUUCUUCGCCAAACCCAUGCGCUCGCGAGGCUACGUCACCAUGCUCGACCCCUUCCAGCAGCUUUAUGGGAAGAGGAUGGGGGGCCUGCUCUUCAUCCCCGCGCUCAUGGGCGAGAUCUUCUGGUCGGCCGCCAUCUUGUCAGCCCUGGGGGCAACGUUGAGUGUGAUUGUGGACAUUGACAUCAACAUGUCUGUGAUCAUCUCGGCCCUCAUAGCCAUUUUCUACACGCUGGUGGGAGGAGUCUACUCAGUGGCCUACACAGACGUAGUUCAGCUCUUCUGCAUCUUCGUGGGACUGUGGAUCAGUGUCCCUUUUGCACUGUCAAACCCUGCCGUGUCUGACAUUGGAGUGACAGCGGUGAAAGAGCUCUACCAGGACCCGUGGCUGGGACAAAUCGAGAGCACAGAUAAAUGGAUGUGGGCUGAUAACUUUUGCCUUCUGAUGUUGGGGGGAAUACCCUGGCAGGUCUAUUUUCAACGGGUUCUUUCUGCCUCUUCAGCUACCUACGCCCAAGUUCUCUCCUUCUUGGCCGCAUUUGGCUGCAUUGUCAUGGCCGUACCCUCCGUCCUGAUCGGAGCCAUUGGGGCCUCCACAGACUGGAAUCAGACAAGCUAUGGGCCAAUCCCGCCCAUGAAGAAAGAUGAGUCAGAGAUGAUUCUUCCAAUCGUGUUGCAGUACCUGUGCCCGCCCUACGUCUCUUUUUUUGGACUGGGGGCGGUUUCUGCAGCAGUGAUGUCAUCUGCUGACUCAUCCAUCCUUUCGGCCAGUUCCAUGUUCGCUAGGAAUAUCUACCAGUUGGCCUUCCGCCAGUCGGCAUCAGACAGUGAGAUCGUGUGGGUCAUGAGGAUUACCAUCUUUGUGUUUGGGGCUCUGGCCACAGCCAUGGCCCUCCUCACGGGCACAGUAUACGGCCUUUGGUACCUGAGUUCGGACCUGGUCUACGUGAUCAUCUUCCCCCAGCUCCUCAGCGUCCUGUUCGUCCGAGGCACCAACACCUACGGCUCGGUGGCCGGCUACAUCUUUGGCCUGAUCCUGCGCAUCGGCGGCGGUGAGCCCUACCUCAAACUGCCCCCCUUCAUCUACUACCCUGGGUGGUACAUCAAAGAGUUGGUCCAUCACACCACUCAGGAGGUGGAGCACCUUGUGGUCCAGAAGUUCCCCUUCAAGACAGUGUCCAUGCUGGCUUCCUUCCUAGGCAAUGUGGCCUUCUCCUACCUGUUCAAGUACCUGUUCGAAAGUGGCACGCUUUCUGCCAAGUACGACUUCCUGGAUGCUGUGGUGGCCAAACACAGCGCUGAGAUCAUGGACAGGACCACCCUGGUGAACAGGAACAUCAUCGGGUUGAACGAGAUGGCUCCGGUCCGGCCGCGGCUCAGCGUCACGCUAGCGAGCACUUUCACCAGGAAGGAAACUUUGACUGAAGAGGAUGAAUCCAGUCCAGAGUCACCCAGUCAUGAAAACGAGUAAAGAUCACUGCCCUUUCAUUUCAGACUCAGUCCACUGUGGAGAACAAUGAGAAGGACAGUGCCUGAAUGAAUAUCACAUUUGUGUGAGGACAAAAGAAGGACAUGUUUAGUUUCCUUUCAGCAUACGUGUUGGAUUUUCCAUCGCUGCUACAGGACGAGCAUAAGACAUACAGUAAUUGGCUCUCCAUGCAGAACGGCAAAUGUGGAGAAAAAUGGUUAGCAUUUACAUCAAGGAGCCAAGCCUGCUGCAGGUUCUCCUCUUUGGAAUACCUACACUUUGGUAUGGUAUGUAUGAAACAAACUGCUCCUCUCUGCUCUGAUCCAGA